AUGAGCACAGGCACUUGCAAGUUCGGUGCCACGUGCAACCACGCCCAUGGUGAACACGAGCUUCGUCGGCCCGAGGGAGCGCCGCCACCAACUCCGCAGAAAGUCAACACCCGCAACAUCACGUCGGCAGUCAUGACUGUUGAGCCUGCAUUCUCCGAGACUGGCUGGCAUUCAUACAUGAUUGCCCCUGAAACCUCAACCCAACCCUAA